AAUAUGGUUGCUAUUGUCACCAUCCUCAUAGGAUUGGCAUUCUGUCCAUUAUUAACGACCACAAUUCCCCGUGAAACACGACGAAAUUCAACAAACAAAUAUGAUGGGACAUCCCAAAAGAUCAAUGAAUCUAUUUUAAUGCUGAACAAUUCACAAUUCGUGGAUGAUCUGAAGACAUCCUUUAAACGAAUCCAGCAAAACAUUGAAGAGCCAUUAAAGAAGGAAAUGCUGCCCAAGCAAAUCUUACUGCCCCACCUUAUUUUUGCUAACAUGAUAGAGCCCAUCGUUAGCUAUGAACGCAACAACACGAUCAAAACGGCGGAGUCCAAUGCUGGCACAGGCGGCAGUCUAUCCCCCAAAUUAAGCUACAUUCGACUGAUGGGUGUUUUGAUUGACCAUAUCUGGUUGACUGCUUCUGAACCACCAAAAGAAGGUGCAGCAUCCUCAGAGGAAACUCCAAAAUUGACCAACAACACGAUAAUGUGAGGAGAGUUCGAUGAGGUGUAGUUGUAGAGGACAUGAGAGGAUUUUGGCGAUAUUUAUACAUAUAUUGAAAAUACACUUUAUUUCAUAUCAUAUUCAGUUUUAAGUAUGGCCAAAAAAUAAUCAAAUGGAAAACAGAAGAACCAAAGACUAAAUCAAAACUUUUAAAAUCAGUUCAAAGUGGAGAAA